AUGGCGAUCCUCGAGCGGCCGACGUCAGUUGCCAGGCAUGGAGAUUUCUGCCUUCAAGGCACCCAGUUCUAUGCUGCCCCCCUUACCGUCGACGCCGACGCCGCCUCCACCUCCUCCUCCGACAUUUACGGCUUCGUCGGCCCCAAGGGCUUCAACGCAAUCGGCGCCAGCACCGAUACAACCUACGCCAGAAUCUACACCAUCUACAUCUCUAACAGUGCCAGCUCGUUGACCCCACCGCCCUAUUCUGGCCCAUCCAACUUCUCAGAAACGAAUGUUUCGAUCCGAGCUCAAGAAAGUCCAGGACCCAUGUACUACCCAGGCUUACCAAGACUAGACUACAAGCUCUACUCACCGCCGAACUUCAGCCUGUCGACAGACUGUAUCGUUCUCUCUUCCAGGUCAGACCAUCUGUCAGCGAGCGCCAAUGCCCUUCUAUCCCUCAUCAGGACCCAGGCAAGCAUCCCGCCCAAGCCUCUCAUACACAUGAAAGGGACGCGAGGACGCAAGGUCGACUUCGACAUCAAGCUCAAUCUGAUGGGAUUGCUGGUGCCGGAUGACACGAGCAAGCGCAUGCAGUACAUUCGCUGUGUCAGUGAGGGCGAGAUGGCGUACAGGGGCGGAGUAAAGCCAGACGUCAUUCCCGAAGUUGGCGAAAGGGAGCUUGAGGAGUGGUGCCGCCGCUUUGUUGAAGAUCCAGCGCAGGUCAAAAGUUUCGCACUUGAUCGAGUAGUUGCAAACUUGGACACGAUGUGGAUCGAAGGUCAAUUGCGAGCCCUGUUGGCCGCGACGCAGUACAAAGGAGUGCUCCAUGUGUCGUUUCCCGUAACGCACGCCAAGGUGGUGGUGCAAAACCAGCCGAAGGCAAACAAGUUCAUGACGAGCAUGAAGAAGCUUUUCUCGGGAAAGCACAAGUAUGAAGUGGUGCAGUCAGUUUGGCCAUUUGCGACGGCGAAAAGCGGUGAUGAAGGCAGGAGAUGCGCUGUACAAAGUGAAGAAGUCUGGUGGCGGGAGUGGCGGGACCCGAUCAGAUACGCAGUCUCGCAAAAGAGACAGAACGGCGCAUACGUGACUAAUGAGGAUAAGCUGGAGGCUUUGAUGGAGGGCAAGGGUCAAGAUUCAAUUGACUGGGGAGGAGUUGAAGCGAUAGACAUGCCAGAUGAGGCCGAGCUGGAGGGAUAG